AUGGAAGUAGCUGUGAUACACUUCAUCAUCCUGGGAGCCAUCGCAGAACUGUCUCCUCCAGGUUUAACCAAAGGAGCUGGUGUGUUGCCUGAUGUUCUGAAUGCAGCUGUGGGAGAGACGGUGAUGUUCAACACAACACUGACUCCACCAGAGAAACCAUUCCUAUCAGUGGGCUGGACAUUUGAUGGAAAAAAUAUAAUCACUUUCAAUGAUAAAAACUUCACUGCACCAGAGUAUGAAGGCAGGAUCACCCUCUUCAUGUCUACUGGAUCUCUGGAGCUCAGAAAUGUGGCUCUAAAUGACAGUGGGGUAUACAGAGUUACCAUUUUUCCAUCUGGAGAGCCACAGAAGACAGGUGAUACAAGACUGUACGUAGAUGUGCCAGUUUCCAAUGUAAUAGCAACAGCCAGCAACACAGACUUGGUGGAGUUCAACAGCUCCGUUUGUCUGUCCUGCUCCUCCUCUGGAUCCUCUCUGUCUUUCCUCUGGCUGAACGGCAGCUCUGAGGUUACAGCCAGUGACAGAGUUCAGCUCACUGAUGGAGACGCCAAUCUCACUAUAUUAAACGUGACCUGCUACGACCACGGACCAUUUAAGUGUCAUGUGUCCAAUCCUGUCAGUAAUGGCACCAGUGAUCCAAUAGAUCUCUCAAUCAGCUUUUACAACAAGAACAGAGUGCUGUCAUUUAAGAGCUUGAACAAAAAAGACAGUGAAGAAUAUUCCUGCUAGCUAAAUACUUCAUGAAUUGCUCAAAAUGAUGAUUUAGAUUUUAUAUUCUUUAUCAUUUAUGGACCAGAAAAUGUUCAAAUCACAGGUCCAAGUGAGAUACAUCCGAAUGAGAACUUGACUUUAACCUGCUCUGCUGAGUCCAGACCACCUGCCACUUACACCUGGAUACUGAAUGGGACAAAGAUACACAAUUCUGCUGUGUUCACAAGAGACAACAUUCAGCCCUCUGACAGUGGCAUCUACACCUGCAAAGCGAUGAAUGACGUAACUGGAAGAAAACUGUCUGCAGUCCAUGAAUUGUCUGUAACAGAUGGGACGUCUGGAGGUCUUUCAGAUGGCGCCAUCGCUGGAAUAGUUAUCUCAGUUUUAGUGGUUGUUUCUGCAGCAGCUGUUGGAGGGUACUUUAUUUAUAAAAAAUAAGUAAGUCUCCCUUUUUUUUAACCAUGUAUUAAUGGCUGACAAACUUUUAACACUAACCUUACUUUGAAACUCAUUCACAUUAGACUUACUGUUAAAAAUUACGCCAACCUUUGUAGAAUUUUUAUGAAAGGGAAGAAAAUGACAAAAUAAAAACUAGUAACGUGCACUCAGUGGAGUGCAGAUCUGUGUCGGGUAAGCAAGCAGCGGACCAAGCUACUUUAGACAAUUC